AUGGAUCACCGACCGCAAGCAUGGGGCAGGCCCAGAGAUGACAUUUACGGUGCAUACGACGCCUCAUUCAUGAACAGCAAUGGCCCUACGACACACACCCAGCAGCCUAUCGUCACGGGAACGUCCGUCAUUGCCAUCAAGUUCAAAGACGGUGUCGUCAUUGCAGCCGACAACCUGGCGUCGUACGGCUCCCUCGCCCGCUUCACCGACGUCAAACGUCUCCGCCCCUUUGCUGAUGCCUCGGUCGUUGGCUUCAGCGGCGACAUCUCGGACAUGCAGUACCUCGACCGCCACCUAACCGAUCUCGCCCUCACCGAGGCCUACGACUCUCCCGACUCGGCGCGGCUCAACGCCUCCAAUUUGCACCGCUACCUCUCCAAGCUCCUCUACCGCCGACGCUCCAAGUUCGACCCUCUGUGGAACCACCUCCUAGUAGCAGGCCUCGACGACAAGGGCGCUCCGUUCCUCGCUGCGGCAGAUUUGCUCGGAACAACGUAUUCUGCACCCAGCCUUGCUACAGGGUUCGGUGCCAUGCUCGCUCAGCCAGUGAUGCGACGUUACGCUCCUGACGAGGAGUCCGCGGCAAAGCUGACUCGCGAGGAAGCUGUGGAUAUCAUCAAGGAGUGCAUGAAGGUUCUAUUCUACAGAGAUGCCAGAAGUCUGGACAGUUACUCACUGGCUAUUGUUACCAAGGACGGUGUGGAGCUGAAGGAGAAUCAGAAGCUGGAGGAUCAGAGCUGGGCGUUUGCCGAGAGAAUCAGGGGAUAUGGAACACAGACCGUUUGA